GUUAAUGAAUGGACAAAUUUCUCUGUUUUCUCUCUCUGUCUCCUGCUUUCCUCAAAUUUCUCCCAUCAUUCCACCAACACAGAAACCAUCACAAAUUGUAGGAUGUUGUUGUUCCCAUUCAACACGAAUCCUCAUUCUUCCUUUUUCCUUCCUUCUUGUGUUUUCCUUGGCUCCAUUCCUCCUCGUAUUCACAUUCCCCUUGAUGAUAUAUCAUAUGAAUCUUCAUGUAAAGCAAAGGGUUGGAUUCCCCUUCUCUUCUAGCAUCGUUCUGUGUCUCCCCCCAAAUCAUUGAAGGUUCAUCUUUUUUUCUUUUUUAAUCUUUUCUACUUAUUUUCAGUUUGCAAAAAACACUGUUAUUGCAGGUUGUAAUUUUUUUCUUCCACGUUAACAAUGGUCAAUGACAAUGCAGAGACGUGCAUUCCCUUAAUUAAUACGUCACAGGUUGUACAUAAAAUGACAUCACACCCCAAGUGUGAAGUCUCUCGUUCCAGAUGAGUGGUUAUCCAUCAUCAGAACAUGCAUUAUUUGAGCCCAAUAAGAUCAUGGACAAUAACAAUAAUAGUAUGAGUCAUAUGAGAAGUGACAGCUUAGAGAGUUGUUCCAUCGCCGCAGCUGCGCCACCUCUCAAGCCCCAUACCGGCGGCGAUGUCCGGUGGGAUGCCAUCAAUUCCGCCGCCCAGAGGGAUUCACCACUUGGACUAAGCAAUUUCCGGCUGUUGAAGCGGCUUGGGUAUGGAGACAUUGGAAGCGUAUACCUGGUAGAACUCCGGGCAACCGACACGUAUUUCGCCAUGAAAGUGAUGGACAAAGGGUCGCUUGCUAGCCGGAACAAGUUGCUCCGAGCUCAAACUGAGAGGGAAAUCCUCAGUUUGCUUGAUCACCCUUUCUUGCCUACUCUGUAUUCGUAUUUCGAAACAGAGAAAUUUUAUUGCUUGGUCAUGGAAUUCUGCAGUGGCGGUAAUCUUCAUACCCUUAGACAGAAGCAACCUAACAAGCAUUUCUCCGAGGAUGCUGCCAGGUUUUAUGCAUCAGAAGUGUUAUUAGCAUUAGAGUAUUUGCACAUGCUGGGAAUUGUUUACAGAGAUUUAAAGCCAGAAAAUGUGUUAGUUAGAGAUGAAGGUCAUAUAAUGCUGUCUGAUUUUGACCUCUCACUUCGUUGCUCCGUUAGUCCAACACUGGUGAAAUCUUCAUCUGUUCAUGCUGGCGGAAGUAGUAGUAGUUCUAACAGUUUGAGCAUUUUGGAUGAGGAUCACGCGGUACAAGGUUGUAUGAUGCAGCCAUCAUUAACAUUUUUCCCAAGGAUUCUUCCUAGCAAAAAGAACAGAAAAUCUAAAUCAGAUUUCGGGUUGUUUGUGGGCGGGGCACUCCCUGAGCUAAUGGCUGAACCAACCAACGUACGAUCCAUGUCGUUUGUCGGGACCCACGAGUAUCUAGCGCCGGAGAUCAUUCGCGGGGAAGGUCAUGGCAGUGCGGUGGAUUGGUGGACAUUUGGGAUCUUCUUGUACGAGCUUUUACACGGGACAACGCCUUUUAAAGGCGCAGGGAAUCGAGCCACUUUGUUUAACGUUGUUGGUCAACCUUUGCGGUUUCCAGACAGCCCUCAAGUCAGCGUCACGGCUCGUGACCUGAUUCGAGGGCUGUUGGUUAAGGAGCCGCAUAAGCGGAUCGCGUAUAAGAGAGGCGCGACUGAGAUCAAACAGCAUCCGUUUUUCGAAGGGGUGAAUUGGGCUCUUAUUAGAAGUGCUCAUCCUCCUCAUGUUCCUGAACCUGUUGAUUUUGGUCAGUUUGCUGCUGUGGGUGGUGGUUGCAAAGACGCAGGGCCAGGGGCAGUCCCCGGAGGAGGAGGAGCGACGACUGGUCAUUCGGACAAGAAGAUGGCUGAGAUUGCGAGUGAUAAAAACAAGAGUUGUAGUUCUUCCACUUCUAGUGAUCCUUCCUAUGUUGAUUUUGAGUACUUUUAGUCCCGAUGAGAUUGAUUCUUGUGACAUAAUACUAUGAUGUAACAUUUUU